AUGUCGCCAAAACAACAUAAGCAAAUGAAGAAAAUGGCAAAGACAAGUGGCCAGAAAGGCCUGGGCAGAAGAGCUCUCAGUAGUAGAGCGAGCCCCAAACAAGAGGAGGUGACUCAAGACACCAUUCACAAUGAAGAUGUAUACAGUGAGACAAGCCCAGAGACCGAGGAAGAUGACUUUCCCGAUGGUUACAUAGAGUACAUCAUCAGAGGUGAGUUUUCUGAACCUAUUUUGGAAGAGGAUUUACUUUUUAAAUGUUUCGAAAACCUAGAGAAAGCCGAACAGGGCCUUUCUCUCCAGGUUCUUGAUGCAAGUUCCCUUCUUGAAAGUUCUUUGGAAUAUGUGACUAAGGGUGCAAAGCAGGACAAAAGAGACGCCAAGCAAGAACAGCCUCAAGAGAUUGUUGGAGCGAACUCAGCCCUUGAGUCUUCCAAGGACGUGACUAGCGAGAAACUUCCCGUUGAAAAAUCAUCAUUGGAAACUGAUUUAUCAGAUCAUGAGCAGCUUGCGGAACCUCCUGCAGAGAAGCCGAAGGGUGGUAAACACUGUGCUCCACUAUCGAUGCUGGAGUGUCCUCAGACAGGGUGCAGGAAGAAGCUGAGGAACAAGACCGCCCUGAGGAAACAUAUGCUUGUCCACGGUCCCCGUCCGCACGUGUGUGCCGAGUGUGGGAAAGCUUUUGUAGAGAGCUCGAAACUCAAGAGACAUCUUCUGGUCCAUAGCGGAGAGAAGCCAUUCCGGUGCACUUUCGAAGGGUGUGGGAAGUGCUUCUCGCUGGACUUCAACUUGCGCACACAUAUCCGCAUCCACACUGGUGAGAAGCGCUUUGUGUGCCCCUUUGACGGCUGCCAGAAGAGCUUUAUUCAGUCAAAUAACAUGAAAACUCACAUCCUAAUCCACAAAAAGGCAGGGAAGAGAUGCUGAAGAAAACCAAGACAGAGACUGUCCGCAGGUCGGGUAGUCUUAAAUGGAUGAGUCAAUCGGGAUAUGUGCUUUGUGGAUUAUUGUUUGUAAGGGUGUGAUGCCAUCAUGGCUAAGACACUUUUGCAACUUAGAAAGCAUACUCUUAUUUUUUUAUGCUUCAUUAUACCAUCUUAAGAACAUUUUUAUAUUUCGUGGUGUAGUUCCAAUUGUAAAGUCAAUGAUGAAGUCGCUUCAAAAGCAUAAUCCUUGAUGUAUAUGAUGCAUUAUUGAAUGUAAUGAGGGGUUUUUUGCAUACUUCAUACAGAAAUCACUGAUUUUUAAUUAUGCGGUUUCUAACUGCCUGGCUCUUACCUUUAAAACUGUGCUUCAUGUAGAUGAGAUAAUCCUAAAGAGUGGAAAAUUUUGGCUGUAGUCAACAAACGAAUGAGUUACUUACAUGUUUUUAUGUCAAACUAUUAAUCAUAAUUAUAUGUGAGUGGUUAUAUAAUAAAGUUGGCCCAUCUGAAAAUUUUAGAUGUUUCAAAAUAAAAGGACAUAAGAGUUCUAGAAAUCUGCUAAAUUUCUGAAAAAUCAAAACCACAUUAAAAAGAUAACAGCUGGUCAUCGUGCCUUUAAUGCUGGCCCUCAGGAGGCAGAGGCAGCAGAUCUGUGAGUUUGAGGCCAGCCUGGUCAACCUCAAGCUUGGGAGGCCAGCCAAAACUGUAUAGAGGCACCAUGUCUGAAGAGGAGAGGAAGAAAAAGGGAUUUUUUUUUUUAAUAUAGCAAAAGGGUGUAGUGUGGUGGUACACCUUUGAUCCCAGCAUUCAGGAAGUAUAGGCAGGCAGAUCUCUGUGUUUGAGGCCAGCCUAGUUCACAAAGCAAGUAGCAAUUUGGCCAGGACUACACUCUGUUUUCCAAAAACAGAGUUACUAACAUUCUGUGUUGAUACACCAGUCUGUUAGGGUAGAAAUUGUCUAUUCAGAGAUGUGCCGCUGGAGUGUUCUAGUAAAUUUCUGAGGGCUACCACCAGAGUGACCAACACAGAGUGCUUCAAAUACCAGAAAUGCAUUAUCUCCUAGUUCUGGAGGCUGCCCACCCAAAAUCGAAUGGUCACACCUGCUGUGUGUUUACCUCCUGUGUCAGCCGUGUCUUCUUACGUCACUUGCUGUUUUCUGUUCAGAUUCCCUUUCUCGAGAUACCAGUCAUCAAGUAACAUUCUAUCCUGAAGACCUGUCAUCUCAAUUAUCUAUAAAAAAGACCUUCAGAAUAAGAUCCCAUUCUGGUUCUGCAGUAUGAUUUUUGAGGAUACAAAUCAUAAAUGUGUAGUACUCUUGACCCAGUAAAUUUUAUUUCUAGAGUUCUUUCGAAAAUGCUUGCAUUCGUGUUUUUCCCCGAGGACAUUAAGUGAGUUGUAUAUAAUGUAGCAAAUUCAUAACGUAAAUGUCCACGCAAUAAAAACAAUUGCCUAAAUCA